GGUCCAAGGUUGUUGCCCCACCUGCACCCACCAAACAUGAGAAAUUUCUCUAAUGGCAAGGAUGUAAGAGCUCGAGAUAUCAAGAAAGGAGACGAGGAUUUUAUGACUGCCGAUGAAUAUCUCUCUUACUGGCCUAUCAAAGAGAAACUCGAUGAGACCGAUACCCCGCUGUAG